AUGUUGAGUCGAUUAUCAGGAUUAGCAAACGUUGUUUUGCAUGAAUUAUCAGGAGAUGACACUGAUCAGAAUACAGGGCCUCCCUUAGACCAUGACAUACCCCAGGAAUCUGACGUGGAAUGUACCAAUGGAACACAAGAGGAUGUUCUCGAGCGUCUGGCUUAUACAGAACAGUUGGUGGUGGAGCUGAAGGAUAUUAUUAGGCAAAAAGAUACUGAGCUACAACAGAAGGAUGAGAUUCUACAGGAAGAAAGAAAAGCUGCUGAUAACAAAAUUAAGAAAAUAAAGCUUCAUGCUAAGGCCAAAUUAACUUCUUUGACUAAACAAUUAGAAGAAAUGAAGAUGCAAAGAGAGACUGUUCUGCCUACAGAACUUCACUCAGAAGAGCAACUCUCCAAGCAUGAUAAGAGUUCUACAGAGGAAGAGAUGGAAGUAGAAAAGAUAAAACAUAAGCUCCAGGAGAAAGAAGAACUAAUUAACAAUUUGCAAGCCCAACUUAGCCAGGCACAGGCAGAGCAAGCUGCACAGAAUUCUACAGAGAUGGAAGAAUUCUUAAGAAUGAAGCAACAACUCAAAGAGAAGGAAGAACUCCUUAGCUCUUUGCAAGCCCAGCUCAGCCAGACCCAGGCAGAGCAAGCUGCACAGUUGAGUUCCAUGCAGCAGGUGGUCCGAGAAAAAGAUGCCCGCUUUGAAACACAAGUUCGUCUUCAUGAAGAUGAGCUUCUUCAGUUAGUAACCCAGGCAGAUGUGGAAACACAGAUGCAACAGAAUUUGAGGGUGCUGCAGAGGAAGCUUGAAGAGCAUGAAGAAGCCCUGUCUGGUCGCGCUCAAGUGGUGGACUUGCUGCAGCAAGAGCUGAAUGCUGCCGAACAGCGCAACCAGGUUCUCUUUCAGCAGUUACAGCAUAUGGAAGCUGAGCAGAAUACUUUAAGCAACACUCUGGAAACAGAAAGACAGGAGUCUAAGAUUCUGAUGGGAAAGAUGGAACUUGAACUGGCAGAGAGAAAAUUAUCCUUCCAUAACCUGCAGGAAGAAAUGCAUCAUCUUUUGGAACAGCUUGAGCAAACAGGCCAAGCCCAGGCUGAACUAGAGUCACAGUACAGAGCCUUGGAGCAGAAGCACGAAGCAGAAAUAGAAGAGAAGAUCUCUCACAUUUUGAGUCUUCAGAAGACUGAACAAGAACUACAGUCUUCCUGUGAGGCACUAAAGGAUCAGAAUUCAAAGCUUCUCCAAGAGAGGAGUGAACAGUCAGUUCAGUCAGCCCAGGCAGUUCAACAGCUGGAAGAUCAACUCCACGAACAAUCCAGAGAAAUUAGCCAAUUUCUAACUAACCCAACCUUGCAAAAACAUGAAACAGCAUCUCAGACUUCUUUACCAGAUGUUUAUAAUGAGAGCAUACAGGCAGUCACUGAGGAAAAUAUUGCCUCUUUGCAGAAGAGGGUGGAAGAACUAGAGAAUGAAAAGGGAGCCUUGCUCCUUAGUUCUAUAGAGUUGGAGGAGCUGAAAGCUGAGAAUGAAAAACUGUCUUCUCAGAUUAUUCUCUUGGAGGCUCAGAAUAGAACUGGAAAGGCAGAUCAAGAUGUGAGCGAGAUCGGCAUGCUUGAUAAUACCAGUCUCAACAAGACCAACUCUUCUACUGAGGAAAGUGCACAAGAUGUCUCAGAGAACUCAUUUUCCCAGAAACAUAAAGAAUUAUCAGUUUUACUAUUGGAAAUGAAAGAAGCUCAAGAGGAGAUUGCAUUUCUUAAGUUACAGUUACAGGGCCAAAGGACUGAGGAAGGCACAGAGGACCUUGGACAGAAAGAAAUGAGACAGAUAGAGAGGGAGGGAAUGCCUCCAGUUGGAAUAAAAAUAUUUGAAGAUACAGGGCACGAUUUUCCAGCAUUUGAGAAAGAAGAACAGGCAAGCACUAGACAUGAAAAUUCAGCAUCUGAGGAAAUAUCUUUUAAUGAUACUGAAAUGGAAUUGAAAUCAACAAAGCAGGAUGCUGUUGGUGAAUCGUCUUCUGUGGUACCGGAUAUUAGUCACUGUCAGCAGGAUGAGUUGAAAAGGUUAAAAAGUCAAGUUUUGGAGCUUGAGAUUAACUUUCGAAAAGCAGAAGAAAUGUAUGAAAACAAUUUAGAUGAGAAAGCUAAGGAAAUAAGCAAAUUAAGCCAGUUGAUUGAGGAGUUUAAGAAAAAUGCUGAAAACACAAGUAGUGCAUUCACUGCUUUGUCUGAAGAAAGAGACCAGCUUCUUUCCCAGGUAAAGGAACUUAGUGUAGUCACAGAACUGAGGGCUCAGGUACAGCAACUGGAAGCAAAUCUUGAAGAAGCAGAAACGCAAAGAAGACUAAACUAUGAAAGUCAGACUAGUCAUCACAACCUGCUCACUGAACAGAUCCACAGUCUUAGCAUAGAAGCCAAAUCUAAAGAUGUGAAAAUUGAAGCUUUACAGAAUGAACUAGAUGAUAUGCAGCUUCAGUUUUCUGAGCAGAGUACACUGAUUAAAAGCCUACAGAGCCAGCUGCAGAAGAAGGAAAAUGAAGUGCUUGAGGGGGAGGAACAUUUGAGGGAUAUUUCAAACAAGACAGAAGAACUUUCACAUGCUCUUUCACAGAAGGAACUUGAAAUAGCAAAACUGGAUCAACUUUUAUUAGAGAAGAAGAAAGAUGUGGAAACCCUCCAACAAACCAUCAAGGAGAAGGAUCAGCAAGUGACAGAAAUCAGCUUUAGUAUGACUGAGAAAAUGGUUCAGCUUAAUGAAGAGAAGUUUUCUCUUGGAGUUGAAAUUAAGACUCUUAAAGAACAGCUGAAUUUAUUAUCCAAAGCUGAAGAAGCAAGAAAAGAGCAAGUAGAAGAAGAUAAAGAAGUUGUGUCUGGCCUUAAACGUAGUUACGAUGAGUUGAGUCCAGCAGGGCUAAUAAGUAAAGAAGAACUUCAGCAUGAAUUAGACCUUCUAAAGAAAGAAAGUGAGCAGAGAAAGAGAAAGCUCCAGGCAGCUCUUAUUAACAGAAAGGAACUUCUACAGAAAGUCAGUAGAUUAGAAGAGGAAUUGGCCAGAGUGAGAGAUGAAUCUAGGAAAGAGGUCCCAUUUAAUGUGAUUGAGAAGAGGGAAAUGGAAGAUGAUAAAGAGAACAAAGAAGACUCAGAAAAAUGUGUGAGUUCAAAGUGCCAAGAAAUAGAAAUGUAUUUUAAACAGGUGAUAUCUGAGAAAGAGGUAGAAUUAGAGCAUGUAAGGAAGGAUUUGGAAGAAAAGGUGGCAGCCGAAGAACAGUUACAGGCUGCAGUCAAACAGAUGAAUCAGAAUUUGCAAGAAAAGACAGACCUAAUAGAUCUGCUUCAAGCACAAAUCACUGAAAACCAAGCAGUUAUCCAAAAAUUAACCACAGGUAACAAAGAUGCAGGUGAUGCAGACUCAGCAGCACCUGUAAAAGAAACAGUGGUGAUCAGUCCGGCUGGUGCAGGCAGUGGAGAAAAAUGGAAACCAGAACUGGAAGAAAAGAUACUGGACCUUGAAAAAGAGAAGGAGCACCUUCAAAAGAAGCUGCAGGAAGUGUUAGCCUCACGCAAAGUGAUUAUAAAAAAGUCACAGGAGAAAGAAAGACAUCUUAGGGAGGAACUAAAGCAACAGAAAGAUGACUACAAUCACUUGCAAGAACAGUUUGAUGAGCAAAGUAAGGAAAAGGAAGUCAUUGGAGACCAAUUAAGACAACUCCAGAUUCAAGUAAGGGAGUCUUCAGACAGAAAACCCCCACUAAGCACUGACCAGGAAGAAUCAAGCUCUUCCACUCAAGGUUUAGAGGAUCCUUUAUUCAAAGCUACAGAACAGCAACUUGCUCAGCCCAUUUCAGAGCCCUGCUUAGGCCCAAACUUGCCUUGUCAACCUGAAGAUGCAAAUAAUCUGCAGAGUAAUACUUCUGCUGACCAGAUUAAGGCCUAUCUGAAAGAAAUAGAGGCUGAGAAAGAGGAAUUAAAAUUGAAGGUUAGUUCUACAACAAGUGAGCUUGCUAAAAAAUCAGAUGAGGUACGUCAAUUACAAGAGCAGAUAAACAAACAGAUUUUGGAGAUCCAGAAUCUAAAGACAGCAACCAGUGAAGCUGAAGCCCAUGCAGAAAGCCUGAAGUUGACGCUGGAAAGCAGUCAACUAGAAAUUGCUAGAUUAGAACAUCUCAAAGAGUUACAGCCCGCCCUAAAUGAACUGCAAAGACUCAUAAGCAAAAAGGAAGAAGAAGUCAACUACCUUUCUGGACAACUUAGUGACAAAGAGAAAAUCUUUACUAAAGUGAAGACAGAGAUAAUAGAACAGGAGGACUUGAUUAAGGCUUUACAUAUACAACUAGAAAUGCAGGCCAAAGAGCAUGAUGAAAGAAUAAGGCAGUUACAGGUGGAACUUGGUGAAAUGAAGCAAAAACCAGAAGAGAGUGAAAAAGAAAGUAAAGCAAAGCAACAAAUACAAAGGAAACUUCAAGCUGCCCUUAUUUCCCGAAAAGAAGCACUAAAAGAAAACAAAGAUCUCCAAGAGGAGUUGUCUUUGGCCAGAGAUAGUAUUGAACAUCUUACCAAGUCUCUGGUAGGUGUAGAAAGCCAAGUUUCUGCUCAAAAUAAGGAAAAAGAGAUAUUCUCAGAAAGGUUAGUUCUUCUUCAGGAAGAGAGAGACAAACUCAUUGCAGAAAUGGACAGGUCUUUACUGGAAAACCAAAAUCUCAGCAGCUCUUGUGAAAGCCUCAAACUAGCUUUAGAGGGUCUUACUGAAGACAAGGAAAACUUAAUGAAGGAAGUUGAAUCUUUGAAAUGCUCUCAGAUUGCAGAAAACACUGAGUGGCAAGAGAAACACAAGGAACUACAAAAAGAAUAUGAAAUUCUUCUGCAGUCCUAUGAGAAUGUUAGUAAUGAGGCAGAAAGGAUUCAGCAUGUGGUGGAAUCUGUGAGGCAAGAGAAGCAAGAAUUGUAUGGCAAGUUGAGAAGUACAGAAGCAAGCAAGAAAGAGACAGAAAAGCAGUUGCAAGAAGCUGAACAGGAAAUGGAGGAGAUGAAAGAAAAGAUGAGAAAGUUUGCUAAAUCUAAGCAGCAGAAAAUCCUAGAGCUAGAAGAAGAGAAUGAGCGGCUAAGAGCAGAGGCCCCUUCUGCAGGAGAUACAUCUAAAGAACGUGUGGAAGCACUUGUUUCUUCCAAUUCCAACAUGAAGGAGGAACUAGAGAGGGUCAAAAUGGAAAAUGAAACCCUUUCUAAGGAGUUUGAAGCUUUAAUGGCUGAGAAGAACAUUCUGAGUCAAGAGGUUCAAGAUUUAAAACAUCAGAUAGAAGACAAUGUAUCCAAACAAAGCAACCUAGAAGCUGCUGAGAAGCAAGAAAACCAAAUGGAUAUUAUUGAAGAGGCAACACAGUCUGUGUCAGGUGAGGCUAAAGAGCAAGACUCUCAGAGUAUGAGUACAAGGCCUGAACAUUCAGAAUCCAUUCUACCAGAGUAUAGUACCAAGACAGAGCUUGACAUAAGUGAGAAUAUCAGCUCACAUGAUGAAAUUAAUAACUACCUACAGCAGAUUGAUCAGCUCAGAGAAAGAAUUGCUGAAUUAGAGAAGGAGAAGCAUAAAGAAAAGGAAUUUAGUCAGGCAUUAGAAGAUGAGAGAAAUACCUUACUGAAUCAAAUAAUAUCAAAGGAUGGUGAACUAAAAAUACUUCAGGAAGAAGUAACCAAAAUAAACUUGUUAAAUCAGCAAAUCCAAGAAGAACUCUCCAGAGUUACCAAAUUAAAGGAGACAGCAGAAGAAGAGAAAGAUGAUUUGGAAGAGAGGCUUAUGAAUCAGUUAGCAGAACUUAAUGGAAGCAUUGGGAAUUAUUAUCAGGAUGUUACAGAUGCCCAAAUAAAAAAUGAGCAACUAGAAUCGGAAAUGCAGAAUCUUAAAAAGUGUGUGAGUGAAUUGGAAGAAGAAAAGCAGCAGUUAGUCAAGGAAAAAACUAAGGUGGAAUCAGAAAUACGAAAAGAAUAUUUGGAGAAAAUACAGGGUGGCCAGAAAGGACCUGGCAUUAAAAGCCAUGUGAAAGAGCUUCAGGAGCUGUUAAAAGAAAAACAGCAAGAAGUAAAGCAGUUGCAGAAGGACUGCAUCAGAUAUCAAGAGAAAAUUAGUGCUCUGGAGAGAACUGUUAAGGCCCUAGAAUUUGUUCAGUCUGAGUCUCAAAAAGACUUGGAAAUAAGCAAAGAAAAUCUGUCUCAAGCAGAUGAACUGCGCAAGAAAGCACAAGCAGAAUUAGCUAGCUUCAGAGUCUUGCUAGAUGACACUCAAAGUGAGGCUGCUCGGGUCCUAGCAGACAAUCUCAAGUUGAAAAAGGAACUUCAGUCAAGUAAAGAAUUAGUUAAAAGCCAAAUGAAACAAAAGGAUGAUGAUCUUGAGCGAAGAUUAGAACAGGCAGAAGAUAAACACCUGAAAGAGAAAAAGAAUAUGCUAGAGAAACUGGAUGCUUUGCGUAGAGAAAAAGUCCACUUAGAGGAAACAUUUGAAGAAAUUCAGAUUGCUUUGAACAAGAAAGACACAGAAGUUAAGCAACUUCAGGAAAACCUGGACAGUACUGUGGCCCAGCUUGCAGCAUUCACUAAGAGCAUGUCUUCCCUCCAGGAUGAUCGGGACAGGGUGAUAGAUGAAGCCAAGAAAUGGGAGAGGAAGUUCAGUGAUGCCAUUCAAACCAAAGAAGAUGAACUUAGACUCAAAGAGGAGAAUUGCAGUGUUCUAAAGGAUCAGCUUAGGCAGAUGACUAUCCAUAUGGAGGAAUUGAAGAUUAGCAUUUCCAGGCUUGAACACGACAAGCUGUCCUGGGAGUCCAAGGCCCAGACAGAGGUCCAGCAUCAACAGAAAGUCUGUGAUACUCUACAGGGGGAAAACAAAGAACUUUUGACCCAGCUAGAAGAGACUCGCUACCUGUACCACAAUUGUCAGAAUGAACUAGCUAAGUUGGAAUCAGAACUUAAGAUUCUUCAAGACCAGUCAACUGAUUUAAAUAACUCUUUAGAAAAAUGUAAGGAAAACAAAGAAAAUUUAGAAGGGAUCGUAAAGCAGCAAGAAGCUGAUAUCCAAAAUUUUAAGUUCAGUUAUGAACAGCUAGACACUGAUCUUCAGGCCUCCAGGGAACUGACCAGUAGACUGCAUGAAGAAAUAAACAUGAAAGAGCAGAAGAUUAUAAGCCUGCUUUCUACCAAGGAAGAGGCAAUCCAAAUAGCUGUUGCAGAACUGCAUCAACAACAUGAUAAAGAAAUUAAAGAACUAGGAAACCAGCUGUCCCAGAAGGAAGUGGAGAACCAAAAAGCUGUUGAUAAAGCCAAUCAACUUGUGGAAACACUGAACACCAUCAAAAAGGAAAGCAUUCAGCAGAAGGCUCAAUUGGACUCUUUCGUUAAAUCCAUGUCUUCUCUCCAGGAUGACCGAGACCGCAUAGUAGGUGACUAUCAACAGCUGGAAGAGCGACAUCUUUCUGUCAUCUUAGAAAAAGACCAACUCAUCCAAGAUGCUGCUACUGAGAAUAAUAAGCUUAAGGAAGAAAUUAGAUGCUUGAGAAGUCAUAUGGAUGAUCUCAAUUCUGAGAAUGCCAAGCUAGAUGCAGAAUUGAUCCAAUAUAGAGAAGACCUGAACCAAGUGAUAUCAAUAAAGGACUGUCAGCAAAAGCAACUCCUUGAAGCUCAACUUCAGCAGAAUAAGGAACUGAAAAGUGAAUGUGCUAAAUUAGAAGAAAAGCUCAAGGAAUCUGAGGAAGCAAAGGAGGCUCUGCAGAGGUCCUCUAAUGCCCUACAGGAGGAGAAACAAGGCUUAUCUAAAGAGAUUGAGAGCUUGAAAAUAUCUCUGUCCCAACUACAGGGACAGAUAUCAGCCUUGCAAGAAGAAGGCACGUUAGGAAUAUUUCAGGCUCAAUUAAAAGUAAAGGAAGAAGAAGUGCAGACGUUAAGUACUACCCUUUCUUCCUCUCAGAACAGAAUUACAGAACUGCAAGAAGAGUUGGUUCGUGUUCAGAAGGAAGCUGCCAAGAAGGUAGGUGAAAUGGAAGAUAAACUGAAGAAAGAACUAAAGUAUCUUCAUCAUGAUGCAGGGAUAAUGCGAAAUGAAACUGAAACAGCAGAGGAGAGGGUGGCAGAGCUAGCAAGGGAUAUGAUGGAGAUGGAACAGAAAUUAUUCGUGGUCACCAAAGAAAAUAAAGAUCUCACAGCACAAAUUCAGUCAUUUGGGAGGUCUAUGAGUUCCCUGCAAAAUAGUAGAGAUCUUGCCAAUGAGGAGCUUGAUGAACUGAAAGGGAAAUAUGAUGCCAGUCUGAAGGAGUUGGCACAGCUAAGAGAAAAACAGGGUCUCUUAAGCAGAGAGAGAGAGGUUCUUGUUUCUAAAGCCACCUUUCCAAAGGGCUUCACUGAGGAUAACCGCUUGUCUAACCUGGAGAAACUUAACCAACAGCUCCUCUCCAAAGAUGAACAGUUGCUUCACUUGUCCUCACAACUAGAAGAUUCUUACAAUCAAGUGCAAUCUUUUUCCAAGGCUAUGGCCAGUCUACAGAAUGAGAGAGAUCACUUGCUAAAUGAGCUGGCAAGAUUCCGCAAGUCAGAGGAAGGGAAGCAGUGGUCUGCAGCCCAGCCUGCGGCCAACCCAGCUGAAGUACAGAGUUUGAAAAAAGCCAUGUCAUCACUCCAGAAUGACAGAGACCGACUACUGAAGGAAUUGAAGAAUCUGCAGCAGCAAUACUUAAAGAUUAACCAGGAGGUCACUGAAUUACGUCCACUGAAGGCUCAACUUCAGGAAUAUCAAGAUAAAACAAAAACAUUUCAAAUUAUGCAAGAAGAGUGCAGGCAGGAAAACUUCUGGCAACAUGAGCUGCAUCAGCUCAGGAUGGAGAAGAAUUCUUGGGAAAUGCAUGAGAGGAGGAUGAAGGAGCAGUUCCUUAUGGCACUCUCAGAUAAAGAUCAGCAGCUCAGCCAUCUGCAGAACCUAAUGAGGGAACUGAGGGCUCCUUCUUCCCAGACUCAAAACCUCAAAGUACAAUACCAAAGACAGGCAUCUCCAGAGGCAUCAGCUUCCCUAGAUGGGUCACAAAACAUAGUAUAUGAGACAGAACUUCUCAAGACCCAGCUCAAUGACAGUUUAAAGGAAAUUCACCAAAAGGAAUUAAGAAUUCAGCAACUGAGCAGCAAGUUCUCUCAGCUACUGGAAGAGAAAAAUACCCUUUCGAUUCAGCUCAGUGAUACCAGUCAGAGUCUUCGUGAGAACCAGCAGCACUACAGUGACCUUUUUAAUCACUGUGCAGUUUUGGAGAAGCAAGUUCAAGAGCUGCAGGCGGGGCCUCUGAAUAUAGAUGUUGCUCCAGGAGCUCCCCAGGAAAAGAAUGGAGGUCACAGAAAGAGUGCUUCUGAGGAACUGAGGGAGCCACAGCUAAGCUUUUCUGAAGCCCAGCAGCAACUGUGCACCACUAAGCAGGAGGUGAAUGAGUUAAGGAAGCUGCUGGAAGAAGAGCGAGACCAAAGGCUGGCUGCUGAGACUGCACUCUCCGUGGCUGAGGAGCAGAUCAGGAGGUUGGAGCACAGCGAAUGGGACUCUGUCCGGACUCCUAUCAUUGGCUCCUGUGGCACCCAGGAGCAGGCCAUGCUAAUAGAUCUUACAAGCAGCAGUUGUCGAAGGACCCGGAGUGGUGCUGGAUGGAAGCGGGUCCUGCGGUCGCUCUGUUAUUCCCGGACCCGGGUGCCACUGCUAGCAGCCAUCUACUUCCUGAUGAUUCAUGUCCUACUCAUUCUGUGCUUCACAGGCCAUCUAUAA